GUUUUAUAAGUGAAACCAACAUUGUGUACAUGGCAUCAUUUCACAAUCGAAGAUCCACCUCGUUUAAGACCAGAUGUAACAGAAGAACCGCCAACAACUGAUCCAACUACAACUUUUAAAAAGGAUGAUCUGAGGAUUUAUUAGAUGGAUGUUGGGUCGUGGUUUUAGUGACGCAACUGAAGGAGGAAAUUUUUUGCAGAAUGGCAUCAAAAGCAGUUCAGAUGGUAUGUUUGACCCUCGGGGUCAUCGGCCUGAUUGGGGUCAUCACCUGUUGUUCCCUCCCUCGAUGGCGAAGGACAACUUUCAAAGGAGCAAACGCUGUGACUGCACAGGUGAUUUAUGAAGGUCUAUGGAUGAACUGCGUGUCGCAGAGUACUGGACAGAUGCAGUGCAGAGCGUACGACUCCUUACUGGCGCUACCCUUUCAGUUUCAGGCCGUCCGUGCCAUGACCGUCAUCAGCUGCAUCCUCUGUGGUCUCAGCCUCCUCAUCCUGCUCUUUGGUUCUGACUUGACCAGAUGUUUUAAGAACCAAGGCACCAAGGCCGAAAUCAUCUUGGUGGCUGCAGUGGGCCUCCUGCUGGCCGGCCUGCUGGUGAUCAUCCCGGUCAGCUGGUCAGCACAUACCACGAUAAGAGAUUUCUACAGCCCUGUGUUUCUGAAAUUCCACAGGAGAGAGAUGGGAGUGUGUAUCUAUAUCGGCUGGGCAGCCGGUGUGCUGUUGAUCCUGACUGGAGUUCUGCUCUGCUGCUUCAGCAGACCCAGAUCCAGCAGCUCUAGUAGAACCGUCAAAUACCGCAGAGCUUCAGGUCUAAAUGACGACUUAAUUUAGAGGUUUUAUGGAAGGGACUGGUGUCCAAUAGACGGAUAGACAAGGAGGUUGAUUUGGUAAAAACUGGGAAGAUGACACCAAAGAUUGUAAAUACUUUAUGCUAACAAUAACUGGAUCUGAUUAUUAUUUUCAUACUUUUUCUCCAUCCAUCCAUUUUCUGGUCACCCUUGUCCCUAAUGGGGUCGGGAGGGUUGCUGGUGCCAAUCUCCAGCUGUGUUCUGGGCGAGAGGCGGGUCGCCCUGGACAGGUCGCCAGUCUGUCGCAGUCAUAAUUUUUCUGACAAAUAAAAUAAUAACUCAAAGCUUAGCGCAAGGUUCAAAACCACCAGGUUAUAAGAAACAGAAUAAAUAUUUUCUGUAGGUUUUCUCAGCACACGGAUGAUUAGAAACACCAGAAACGAUUGGACUACCCAGAAACAGAGAAGAAGUUAGCUAGCUGUAGCGAGUCACGUCUAACUCUUGAACAUUUAAAUAAAUUAGAAGAAGUGAAAGUUGAAGGUGCUUAUUGUUCUUUGUUCCAAAGCAGAUAUUCCUUUAAGAAAAAAUUAAACAAACUUCGCUUAUGGUUGCAAACAGCAUUGCAGGGAGAUAAGAAGGAAGGAGUGCGGAUGCGGGAACAUGACAGAUAAAAACCAAAACAUACUUCAGUGGAGAUGUCCACACUACAUGGAAGACAUGAAAAUGAACAAAGAUCCUUAUUUUGAUAUAGAUUGGUGAAAAUAUAUUAAAGCAAGAUUAUUAGUUUUAUAUAUAAUGUUUAAGUUCAUAAAAACAUGAGUGGAAAACACUUUUAAACAGCUUAAACAAAUGGCAGUUGAUUUCUUUCUUUGAUGCACUAAAUAUUUUUGGUGUUUUUGUAUGUAUUGAUAUAUAAAUAUAUUCUUUUAUUUUGGCAACUACUUGUAUAGGAAAGUGAAACUAAACUCUUGAAGUUACACAUCUGUUUGGAAAUAUCUAAUUAAAAAAGUAGAAAAUGUGGAAUAUUGUCUGUGAUAUUGUGUUUGAGGUAUUUAAAAAAAUAUGUCAUAGGAUCAUUUUUUGGCAAUUUCGCCAACCCAUAAUAGAGCUCUUUCACAAAACAAAAUAAGAAAAUAUGAAAUUAAAAUACCAGGGGAAUAAAUUGCUCCUUGUUUCUUUAGAUGUGUGUUGUGAUAAUAAGGCUUUGUUUUUUUGUUCUCUUAUUUCUUAUUGUGUUCUGAUACUUGUAUCUCUAAACGAUGUAACACCAUCCAACAUUUGUUUUCACAAACUAUUCUCUUAUUUUUAUCUUUAAUUUUGUCCACAAUUUGUCUCUCAAUUCUCAUUGUUCUCUCCAUUUCUGUCAUUCUCUCUCUUGAUGCGCUUCUCCAACACACACACAAAAGAGGAGGGUGACGCCUGCCCCCUACUGGUGUUGCAGAGAAUUACAACGGCUCCUUGAGUGUUGCCUUAUUCCAAAUUGAAUUAAAUUACCGUAAUACCGUAUUUUCCGAACUAUAAGGCGCACCUUUAAUUUUAAGCCAUUCAUUUGAUCAAAACACAACAGUAUGCUUUAUAAUACGGAGCGCUUUAUAUGUUCUGGAGUACAACAACCCCCUCUAGGAAAUUAAUAUGGAUUAAUUCUGGCCUCGAAGCGACCUUGUGUGUUGCUGUCAAAAUGUUUUACGUUACUUUACGGCUACGGUAGUCAGGAGGGUCGCGGAGUAAUACGCAAUGUGCUU